AUGGAAUGCGACACAACUUUUCGGAAGGGAAGAAAAAAACACUACAAGAGCUCUGCACUACAACUCAACAACAAAGCGCCGAUAACCCCGGAUCAAAUCCAAAUUAUAGGUCAAAUUGCCCAGAAGGAUCAUUGGAUCCUUGACAGCAGCUCUCCGUCUCGUCACACUGAACUACCACGCCUCGGAUCACAUGGAACACCGAUGACCGGAUGGAUUCUGUCAGAGUUACAUAUUGCUGUAGAUCAAGAAGUUUGCCACAGCUAUGCUCAAGGACAAGGACGGGGACUCAAUGAGGAAGAUACUAGCGCAGCUCCAGAACGUUGA